AUGGGUUCGCCGAUUUCGGGAUCCAUCGCCGAGGCGGUCCUGCAACGGUUAGAAUCGCUGGUCUUCCAACACCACAGACCGAAAUUCUGGGCCCGGUAUGUGGAUGACACCUUCGUCGUCAUCGAACGGGAUCAGGUGUUGACAUUCCAAGAACAUCUCAACGCCGUCUUCCCGGACAUUCAAUUUACGAUGGAGGAGGAAGAGAACAACCAGCUGGCCUUCCUGGAUGUCCUCGUAUGCCGCAAAGCUUGUGGUGAACUAAAAACCAAAGUGUUCAGGAAAGCGACAAAUACGAUGCAAGUACUGAACUUCAACAGUAACCACCCAAUCAGCCACAAACGCAGUUGUGUAAGGACGCUCCAUCGGCGUGUCAAAACGCACUGCAGUGAGCCGGAAGACAAAAUUGCCGAACUACAAUACCUCCGACGGGUCUUCAAAGCCAAUGGCUACCCGCGCAACUUCGUCAACCGGUGCAUACGCAAAAGGGACGAAAGGCCUAACCGCACGGACACCAAGUCUUGGCGGGCACUUCCGUAUGUCAAGAACGUUUCGGAAGCUGUCGGCCGCCUUCUCGCACCACUUGGGGUUGGAGUUGCACACAGACCGGAGGCAACCAUCAGGCGUCUGGUCAUGAAACCGAAAGACCCCCUGCCACGGCUAGAAACGUCUGGAGUCGUUUAUCGGAUCUGGUGCAGUUGCGGACAAAGCAACUACGUCGGAGAAACCGGAAGACAGAUCCGAACGAGAAUGGCCGAACACGCGGCAGCGGUGCGCAGAAAUGACGCCAGCUCUCAAGUUGCGGCUCAUUCGACGAGAUGCGGCCACACAUUCAAAUUCGAUGAGGCCGAAAUUCUCGCAAGAGGUGACAACCGCGUGAGCCGGGAGCUAUUGGAAUCAUGGUUUACUGGCCCCCAGUCCAUCAACAAGUGCAACGAUCUUCCCACUCCAUACUCGGUGCUGAGACUUCGCCUGGGCGGAGUAAUUAGCCACACGGGGAGCGCAUAG